UUUCCUAGUUUCACCACUUGAACUUGGGACCCUUUGCUGCCCUCAGCUAAGAGUGCGGGUGAGCGCACAAGCCCAGGAGGAGGUCCGCACGCGUCAUGAACUUGGAGACAGGCAGCCGGGGCUCAGAGUUCGGCAUGAGCGCAGUGAGCUGCGGCAAUGGGAAACUCCGACAGUGGUUGAUCGACCAGAUCGACAGCGGCAAGUACCCCGGGCUGGUGUGGGAGAACGAGGAGAAGAGCGUCUUCCGCAUCCCGUGGAAACAUGCUGGCAAGCAGGACUACAACCGUGAGGAGGACGCUGCCCUCUUCAAGGCUUGGGCAUUGUUUAAAGGCAAGUUCCGAGAAGGGAUCGACAAGCCAGAUCCUCCUACUUGGAAGACAAGAUUACGAUGUGCUCUGAACAAGAGCAAUGACUUUGAGGAACUGGUAGAAAGGAGCCAGCUGGAUAUCUCUGACCCAUACAAGGUGUACAGGAUUGUUCCAGAGGGAGCCAAAAAAGGAGCAAAGCAGCUCACUUUGGAUGACACACAGAUGGCCAUGGGCCACCCCUACCCCAUGACAGCACCUUAUGGCUCUCUGCCAGCCCAGCAGGUUCAUAACUACAUGAUGCCACCCCAUGACAGGAGCUGGAGGGAUUAUGCCCCUGACCAGUCACACCCAGAAAUCCCAUAUCAAUGUCCUGUGACGUUUGGCCCACGAGGCCACCACUGGCAAGGCCCAUCUUGUGAAAAUGGUUGCCAGGUGACAGGAACCUUUUAUGCUUGUGCCCCACCUGAGUCCCAGGCUCCUGGAAUCCCCAUUGAGCCAAGCAUAAGGUCUGCUGAAGCCUUGGCGCUCUCAGACUGCCGGCUGCAUAUCUGCCUAUAUUACCGGGACAUCCUCGUGAAAGAGCUGACCACGUCGAGCCCUGAAGGCUGCCGGAUCUCCCACGGACACACCUAUGAUGUUAGCAACCUGGACCAGGUCCUGUUUCCCUACCCGGACGACAAUGGACAGAGGAAGAACAUUGAGAAGUUGCUGAGCCACCUGGAGAGGGGACUGGUCCUCUGGAUGGCUCCAGAUGGGCUUUAUGCCAAAAGACUCUGCCAGAGCAGGAUCUACUGGGAUGGGCCCCUGGCGCUGUGCAGUGAUCGUCCCAACAAGCUAGAAAGAGACCAGACUUGCAAGCUCUUUGACACACAGCAGUUUCUGUCAGAGCUGCAAGUGUUUGCUCACCAUGGCCGGCCAGCACCGAGAUUCCAGGUGACUCUGUGCUUUGGUGAGGAGUUUCCAGACCCUCAGAGACAGAGGAAGCUCAUCACAGCUCAUGUGGAACCUCUGCUAGCCAGACAACUGUAUUACUUUGCUCAACAAAACACUGGACAUUUCCUGAGGGGCUACGAGUUACCUGAGCACAUCAGCACUCCAGAUUACCACCGCUCCCUCCGUCAUUCUUCCAUCCAAGAGUGAGAAGAAAUACUCUGACAGGGCAGCCGGUUGCUGCCCUUUCUCUUUGGAAGAGCUAAGAAGUGGGUUUCCACUUGAAGACAACAACAGGGCUUUGUGAGGAAAAACAGCUGUAUCUGCUCAACAGAGGAGCUUCCCCCAGAAGAGUGCCUGCCAUCCAGGUUUUGACAAGUGCCAGGACUUGGGUGACUGUGCCCUGGCUUAUAACUGUGAAACUUGAUCAGUGUUGUGUUUACAUGUACUUGAAUGCUGGCUUUAGCCUGGUAUCGAUGGACUUUUGCUUGAAGACUGAAAACCUGUGCCAGCAUGAAUCCCUGACAAGAGAAGACAUUUGUAUUAUUGGUCCAUUUCUCAGGGAAGUAAAGUCUAGACUAGAGACUACUCUAUUCACUCACAGAGAAACGCAUUCCUGGAUAGAGGAGCUGUAGGCUGCCCAGAUCAUGUCCACUGAGUGAAGGGACUUGGUUCUUAGGUCCAGUCUAGGCUAUCAUGUCCUGAUCCUGCACUCUCUCUGAGUGGACCCUACAUCCUGUUUGCUCCCUCUUCUUGCCCUUCCCUAAAAGUCAGCUGGUGGACUCUUGUUGCCACAUACUUGAGCCAAAAAAUCAUCAGGGACAUCUAAGAUGAGACAUGUUUGCAUCUCCUCUGAUCUAACAAUGGCUACAAACUUUUUUGUUGUUAUUGUCUCCCCUUUCUGUUUUGCCUCUCAUUCUUUAGAAUUGUUGCGGUUUUUGUAAAGAAAGGAAGAGAGAGAGAGACCGAAUAUACUAGAGAUAGAUUUUUAAAAUUCUGUGCCAUUUCCCCUUCUAUUUGUUUUGUUGGCCAUCAGUGGUCUCCAUGGCAACACUGGGAGGGCGGAGCCUUUGAGCAGGUUGGGAAGUGUCCCGGACACCAGUGGUUCAGUGUACAGCUGCAGACUCAGUGGGCUGUUUCUGCUUAUUUUGUAUAUUAGAUGCUUCCUUGUGCCAAUAAUAGUUUGACAGAGUCUCAAAAUUACCGGGCUUCUUUUCCAACAACACAUUCUUUCACAGAAUCCCAAAGAGUCUCACUUGCCUUCAUAACCGUCUGAUCCCUUAUUGUUACUGUUUUGUUUAGGUGGCUUUGCCAUGCUCUGGGAUUUUUCUGCUACCACAACAUCAUUUCUGACUCUUUCGGGCUCAGAAAGAGUUAAGUGCUCUUGCACACUCGGCACUUACUUCUUUUUAAUUUUUUUUUUUAACAUGCCACUCUUAAUAUUUCUUCUUAAGUCUUUCAGCAGCAUACAUUCAAUAAGCAAUGGACCAUUGGUUGUCUUAUUUUAUUGUUUUAUUUUUAAAAAGGAACCUUUGAUAAAUAAUACACAUUAC